AUGGUUGAUCUUGACGCUUGGAAAUUGGUACUUCCCCAAGCAGGCCACUUGGGGGUUGAUAAGACCUAUCGGCGUCUCUACGAGGCAUAUUAUUGGCCAAAUAUGUUUAGGGAUGUCGUGGCCUUCGUCCGCCACUGCGACAUUUGUCAACGCUGUAAGCUCCUCAAGCUCCAGCACCUCCACGUCAUCCAGCUGCAGCAGCUCCUCAUCGGAUUCCGAGGGCUCGGUUAUCUACAACCCGGAGCCAACAUCAGGAGACCCAGCCGUCCACCAGGCCGAAUUGAGGACUGGACAUCAUCCCCUGUAAGGGUGGCUCCGGCAAGUCCGCCGGCAUCUAGCGUCCCGAGCAUGAGCACCGAGUGCAUUGACUUCGGCCCACUCGGGGACCUCUCGCUGCCCAGCACCACGGCGACAGCAGCGUCACCACCUCCAGCUCUUUCUCAUCCCGAGACGGAGCUGGCCACACAACAUCCGCCGCCCACGGAUCCAAGGGCCGGCGAGAAAACGCCACCACAUCCGCUCCUCAGAGUAGAUGAGGGUGGCGAGAAGCUCCCGGAGGUCACCCCUUUGGGUUCCGGACGUGCUUUUGCCGUCGCGGCCACUCGUCCGAGCACAUCAGCUCAGGCCUCGACAUCCGCCUGUACGCAGCCAGCAGCUGAGGGCCACUACGUCCGCUCGCACCACCACCACCACAGCGAAGCGGGAAGGAGGGCAGCCCAGGGGAACCACCGGAGGCAAACGACGCAAGCCUCGGCACUGGUGUUUCGACUGCCGCAGGCAUGGCCAUGCACACCAGGUUUGCCCCAACCCCACCGGAGAGCUGUUCUGCGGGCUAUGCCCCUAUCGACUCUGGGCCGACAGGGUCUGCCCGGACCAUGGCCCGUGACUCAGCCUGCCGGAGGAAGAACGGCCGGACCCUCCAGCAAGCCAGCUGAGACCUCCAAGGUGAGGCCAUCACCGUCAGCUGCGCCGGCCACCUCCAGCACUCGUCCUCGGCCGGUCGCCCGAUCGCCGCCACGCCUUCACGAUCGCCGUGCUGAGGAGUAUUGGGCUCCCUUUGAAAGGGUCCCUAUCCGUCCGGCCGCCGCCGGACCGGCUUAUCCGUUCCCCCGGGAGGAGAAACGCAGGCCUCGUCAGGAGGACGAAAAUGCAGAAGAUUCGGAGCUCCGCUUCCUCUGGCAACCACCAGCGACGGCGCCGACCAGCCACGACACCGGCUACAGGUCCCAGGAGCACGGGUAUUACACCUCGGCGGCCGCUAGCGCACCGACCCGACCAGCUCUGGGGCGUGGGGCGAACGCCCGCUUCGGGCCGCCACCGAGUCAGGCAACUCGUUGGCCCAGAGGGACCAUAGAGGCUCUCCAGAGCAUCCUGGACCAAGCCCAGCGCGACCAGCAGCUGAGUCCAGAACCCAGGUAUUAUCCCCGGUAA